AUGGAGGAUAAUAUAGAAGAUGAUGUAGAAGAUAUUAAUUUAUAUCAAGAUGAGACAAACAAUAAUGCUCCAUUUCAGAUAAUAAGAAAUAUUUUGGUAGGUAAAACAACAUCAGAUCCAUUCUGUGAAGAAAUUUCAAAUAAACGGACCAAAAAACAUAUCGGAAACUAUAUUUUGAACGCGUUGAAAUCUAAUCCAAGUUUCAUUGGUCAGAUCGAUGCAGAAACAGGAAAAGAAGUUACGUUCGAAGAGAUGAGAGAGAAGAGCGUGAAGUGUGCAUUAUGGUUGAAAAAACAGCAUAUUUGUCGUAAUAAUGUAAUAACGGUUUGCACUAUGAAUCAAUUAAAUGCUUACGUACCACUUCUGGCGGGUCUAUACAUCGGAUGUAAAGUGAAUCCGUUAGAUGAAUAUCACGUCAAAGAAAAUUUAGAUUACUUUCUGAAGAAAGUCAAACCAAAAGUAAUCUUCACCAGCGCAAGUUUUGCUAUGGCAACUCUUCAGUUUGCCUUCGAAGUUAAGAGUAACUGUAAAUCUGCGUCUUUGCCGAAAAUCAUCGUUUUCGAUCAUCACGAAGUUUUCGAGAGUCUUCACUCAAUUCUGAAUUAUCAAUCGUUCAAUGAGAAUGCCGUUAACAACUUUUCCUGCCCACUAAUAAGUAUAAGAGAAACUGCGAUGAUACUGUUUUCUUCGGGUACGGAUAGCCUUCCCAAAGACGUGGAUAUUCCGCAAUCAGUUUUCAUGGCUCCGUCGAACCAGCAGGCACCCUUUAUGAGUUGCAACGACAUUGGAUUAUGGUUCGAAUCCUUCGGUUUCAUUACCGGCAUGUUCUUGACUGUUCGCGCCAUCACUUCGCACGUGACAGCGAUUAAAGUCAAGCCAAUGUUCCAUGCGAGUAAGGUGUGCAAAUUAAUAGAAAAGUAUAAGGUAACGUGGAUGUUUCUUAAAACUGAUAUGUGCACCGAACUGGUUAAAUCCAUCGAUCUUACGAAAUACAAUGUCUCUUCUCUGAAGAAAUUCUUAUUUGGUGGCUCGAUCAUUAAUCAUGGAAUUCACGCGAAUCUUAUCAAGUUGUUGCCAAACGCUUCUGUUAUUCAAAUAUACAAUCUAACUGAAACAGGCAUAAUAGCUUACCAACGAAGAACCGGAAAGAUUGGAUCCAGCGGUUACGUGGGUGAAAACGUUCGAUUGAUGAUCACAUCUUUAUAUCCCUCAGCCAAAGAAAAGCCAUUAGGUCCAAACAUGCGAGGCCAAAUCUGGUGCCGUUCUCCAUAUAUGAUGAGAAAGUAUUACAGCGAUACGUCCAGUGUGAAUUACUGCGAGGAAUGGAUAACAAAUUGGUUCAAAACUGGAGAUGUAGGCUAUUAUGAUGAAGAUGGCAAUGUUUUCGUCACCGAGCGGAUCAAUCAAAUAUUUAAAUACAAAAAGAAGACGAUAUCACCGGUGGAAAUUGAGGCCGUGUUACAAAAUCAUUCUGCAGUGCUCGAGGCCGUUGUAGUACCUAUGCCACAUGCUUUUGAGAAUAAAUAUCCAAAAGCGUUUAUUUUGAAGGUGCCAGGAAAAGAGGUAACGGAAGAGGAACUGGAACAAUGGGUAAUGGAAAAAUUAGGUCCAGAUAAAGAACUUUACGGUGGUGUAAUAUUUCUUAACCGGAUGCCACGUAUCUCAAAUGGAAAAAUUCAACGAAAGAUACUUAAUUAUUGGGCGCAGGCUGAUGCAUACGAUAAAAAUUAUGCAUAA